CAUCAGAUGUUCGUUUCAGCUCAGGAUUUCAAUUUUGUUUAUCAAUAUAUAAGAAAACAUUUUUAACAUAUAAUAUAAACAUUAAACGAAACAAGCAGCCUUAAUAAUCUCUGUUCAGAUAUGUCUUUUCGUUUUAAUUUUUCUUGUAAUAAUGAUGACAAAUCCGACCACGACAAUAAUUCAAUUAGCAAAGUUGCCGAAGAAAUUGAAUGGCUAGAAAGUGAAGAGGUUAUCUUAAGCGACCAGAUUGAAGAAAUUGACAACAUGGUGAAACGAGCAAAAAUCUUUAUAUGUGGCGAUAUUGAAAUUGGUCAUGUUUUGGCUAAUGAAGCUAUGGUCAAUAUCAUGACUGAAGAUGGUGAUCAAAAUGCUACAGAACUAGCAGAAAAUAAUCAUAGUGACUUAAUUAGUGGUAAAUAUGAAGGGGGUUUAAAAAUUUGGGAAUGCACAAAUGAUUUAAUAGAAUAUCUAAGUGAAAACAUAAAUAAAAGUCUAUGGAAUGAAGCAAAUGUAUUGGAUUUAGGUUGUGGUGCUGGUCUCUUGGGAAUUUAUGGAUUUUUAAAUGGUGCAUAUAUUACAUUUCAGGACUAUAAUAGAGAAGUGUUAAAAUAUGUUACAAUACCUAAUGUGUUAUUAAAUAUUGAAGAAGAAAAGAGAGAAGUUGAUAUCAGAAAAUGCAAGUUUUAUUGUGGAGAUUGGGGAUCAUUUAAUAAAAAACUUGGUAAUUGUACAUUAUUUGACAUAAUUUUAACAUCAGAAACUAUUUAUAAUGAGGACAAUUAUGACAAACUAAUUGAAAUAUUUUUACAAAAACUAAGUAAAAGUGGGUCGGUAUAUGUUGCGGCAAAAACAUACUAUUUUGGUGUGGGAGGUGGAACUAGAGGAUUUGAGAAAAAAAUUAAGAACUCUGGAUUAUUAAAAUCUGAAGUCUGUUGGAAAAGUGCAGGAGGUAUCCAAAGAGAAAUACUAAAAAUCACCCAUAAAUUAUAACAAUAAACCUUUAUUACUUACAUAAUAUUAUUAUUACAUGGAAGACUUGAUUUCAUGGAUAUAACUUAAUUAUGGUGACAA